GGGAGGCGCAGCAUGAGCGGGCGCCCCCCCGCGGCCGCCGGCGCAGCGCCCCCGCGCCAUGGAGGGAUUCCCCGCCCGCGGGUACGGCACCGGCGGCGCGGACAACCGGCCGCUCUUCGGGGAGACCUCGGCCAGGGACAGAAUCAUCAAUCUAGUUGUUGGUGGCUUAACAACCUUGCUGCUUGUAGUCACUCUAAUCAGUGCUUUUGUCUUCCCACAACUACCUCCAAAACCUGUGAAUGUAUUUUUUGCUUUCUGCAUCUCCUUGUGUUGCAUUUCUGCUGGCAUUCUUAUCUACUGGUAUCGACAAGGAGACCUGGAACCCAAAUUUAGAAACCUAAUUUACUACAUAUUGUUUUCUAUUGUCAUGUUAUGUAUAUGUGCCAACCUGUACUUCCAUGAAGUGGGUAAAUGAAGGACACUGGGAAUACCCAGCAAUGAUGCUACUGUGUCAGACUGCUUCCAGCUCAGCUCUCAGCUCUACUCGAGACAUUUAAGUGAGAACCAUCAGCCUGAGAGGAAAGAAAUGGGUUGUGCAAGGAUAAAUCAGUACAUGAUUUUCAUGUAAAUGUAUAUGUAAUGUCCCUCUUGUUGGGGAGAAUUAUUGCCAUAAGACGUGACAUUCUGCUUUUUUUUGAAGAGCUACUGUUGCGCUUAAUGAACAUUCCAGUUGUACUGAUGUUUCAGAAUGGCACAAGCUUUUUCAUUUUGGAAAAAACUGCACUUUUUUUAUUACUGUACAAAUAAACUGCAGCACUGAAAGGAUCUGUGGCAGUAUAAAUAAAUGGCAUCUUACAGUCAA